CCACGAGAGAGGGCACAUCUCGUGCCGCCGCUGCGCGCUUGUUUUUUUUUUCCCCGUUCCCUCUCUCUCUCUGUGUGUGCGCACCCCUCCGCCCCCUCUACCACACCUCGCCGAGUCGAACAGAUCCCCGCCGCUCGGGAAGAGGGGAGGUCACGCCGGGUUUUCUCGAUCCUCUCUUGUUUUCGUUCCGCCGCGCCGGGUUUCACGGAAGAGACAGAGAGACAGAGAGAGAGAAUGAGGGGUGGAUAAUUUAGUGUCGUUAAAGCUCGUUAGUGGCGCUGCGAUCGGGCGCUCGGGCGCAAAUCACGGGAACUAAAACGUUUUUUCCGCGAUAACAUCGGGCAGUGUUUACACUUGCGUGUGCGCGUGCGACCGUAUUGUUUUUUUUUUCUCUCUCUCUCUUCAGAGAAGUGCAGGUAACUAAUGAUUAAAAGAAUAAUAAUUUGUUGUGGUCGAUGAACACUGUUGUGUUGUUAUCAAACAGAAGGGAGAAUCACGUAAUCAACUGUGUUAUUUAAGUGGUGUUUGCAAAACUUGUUUUUUUUUUUUUUAAGAUACCGUGUUUUUUUUAACAAGCUAGUUACCUUGUGAUUUUAUAUUCAUGAAGUGGAAUACGUGAUUCAUGACAAGUGCGUCAGCACAGUGGAAUAAGUGUUGACGAUUCACCCAGCAGAAUGUGCAACUGUCGGGAAAGAAUGUUCGGACGCCGGAACAAGAGAACGGCCAAGAGGUGCGUGUCACGCGUUGUGGUGGUUGUUGUUUAGGCCCUGGGUAGCGGUACUUAAACCUCAAAGAAAAAAAAAGGAAGUUGGACCGCCACAUUCUGCCGGAGGUUGUCGUGGGGAGACGUCCUGGAGAAAGAUUCGUCCGUCGACGCGGAAGUGUUUCGAGGUCGUCCGCAGCCAGUCGAUAAAUCGUAUUUUCCCCCAGCGGUUGUUGGAAAGGGAAGGGAAAAAGACGUGCCUGAAAAGGAGCGUCCAAACUAAAACCCCAUUAGAGGCCGGGCUCCGGGGCGCAAGCGAGCGGAACAAGUUUUUUCUUUAUAUAUAUUUUUUCAUUUCUUUCUUUCCUUGCCCGCCGGAGGAGGAGGGUGGGAUGUUAUAAGUCGGGCUCUUCUUCCGCGAAGAGGAUGAAGGAGGUUUUUCGUGAUCCCCGGGUCCGGCGCGUGACGCGAUGUUUAUCACGAAGUGAUUAAUCUCGCGCAUCGGAACACACCCCACCCUCUUCCUGGAUCGGAUCCCGCGGGCGAUGCGAGUGUCGGGACAGCCCGCCGGCUGCUGGUGAAUGGGAUUCAUGCGCCGCGACCCAGCAUGCAGCAGCAGGCGCAGGCCAAGAGGGAGCUGGUGCUGGCAAACAACAGCUUGAACCACGUGGUCGCGGUCAAGAACAACAACAACAACAACAACAGCGUGUUGCAGCAGGUGGUGGUGGCGGCUGCGGCGGGCAGCCCGGCGGCUCGCGAGCCCCACGGGCCCUGCACCGCCCCCUGCGCCGCCUCCGCGCCGCCGCCGCCGCCGCUCCUCAACGGCGCGCUCAACACGUGGCACCCGCACGUCUACGCGAGGCCGCCGCGAGCUCCCACGCCGCACCUCAUCGCCGACAUCCUGGGCUGGGGGCGGUCGUCCCUAACCGCCGCCGCCAAGAGGCCGCCCCCGUUGCUGGUGGCGCCGUCGCCGGUGCGCGCGACCCUGCCGCCGCCGCCCUCGGACGAGGAGCUGAGCGACGAGCCCCUGAACCUGACGACGCGCAGCAGGGACGCGUCGCCCGCCUCGUCGGCUGGCUCGCUGGCGUCUACGCCGCCCAUGGGCGCCGGCAAGGGCCCGCCGCCGCCUCCGCCGCCUCCGGGGUUCCGCGUGGCCGUGCUCAACGGCGCGCCGCCGCCGCCGCCGCCGCCGCCGCACCUCGCGGUCAACGGCCGCGCCGCCCACGAGGGAGGCGGCAAGGGCUCGCGCAACCCGGCUUCGCACGUCGGCAAAGAUGGCGCCCCAGCGCAGCCCAAGUCCGCGAAGCGCAAGAAGGAGCCGUCGGCGACCCCGGGGGCGGCGGCGGGCGCCAAGACGUCGGCGGCGGCGGUCACUGCGGCGGCGGCGGCUGCCGCGGCGGCGGCGGCGGAGCUGAGCGACGGCGCCGGCUCGGACAGCGACCGGAAGCGGAAGAAGGCGCGCACCACCUUCACCGGCCGCCAGAUCUUCGAGCUGGAGAAGCAGUUCGAGGUGAAGAAGUACCUGUCGUCGUCGGAGCGGGCCGAGAUGGCGAAGCUGCUCAACGUCACCGAGACCCAGGUGAAAAUUUGGUUCCAAAACCGUCGGACCAAGUGGAAGAAGCAGGACAACAUCAGCAACGCGGAGGCGGCGGAGCACAAGAACCAGAACACGGGCAAGCAGGAGGGGGCUGCGCCUGGCGGAGGCGGUGGAGGUGGAGGUGGAGGAGGAGGCGGAGCUGGAGGCGGCGGGAAGCACAAGGAGGCGGCCAAGCCCGCCCCCGCGACGCCGGGCAAGGCCCCCGCCAAGCCCGCCGGCGCCGCCAUGAACCUGUCCAAGGCGCCCGAGGCCGCCAUGUCGUCGCUGGGCUCGCCCAGCAGCGGCGAGGACCACUCCAACGCGUCGCUCUUCACGGCGGACGGCUCCGUGUCGGAGAGCUGCUUCUCCGAGUCGGACAACGCGCGCCAGCAGGUGCUGACCGUCGCCACGAACGUGACGGUGAACCUGUCGCCCGGGGAGCGCCACUCGCCCGCCUCGUCCUGCUCCCCCAAGCCUCCGCUGCUGCUGCUGCUCCCUCCGGCGUCCGCGCCGCAGCCGCCCGACGCCAGCGCCCCGCCCGCCCCGAGCGGCGCGCCCGCCAACCACGUGGUGGAGCCCGAGCACAGGCCCGUGUCGCCAUCUAGCUAACGGCGCGGCAACUAGCUGGCCGGCGCGGCCGACUGAGGCCCGCAGCGCUGCCACCUAGUGAGCGGCCCGGCUAACAGCUCGACGCGAGCCUCCGGAAAUGUCGAAACAGCAGUCCGUGUAUCCAUUCUUGGUGGACACUAAAAAAAAGUCAUUAUUGGGUUAGUUUCCCCCCACCUAGCUCGCUGCACAUAGUCUUUUGAUAGUUUCAUUUAAAAGCAGAUGUACACUAUUUUAGUUUCAAAUGGAUUUUAUUUUUAAGUGCUGCAUUAUAAUAUCGUGCCAUAAGUUUAACUUAUUUUUUUUUUGUUUUAUAUUUAAAACUGCAAUACAUGUACAAAAUGUAAAAGUUUCUUUUCUCUACGUAUUGCGAGCACCUUUUCGCAGGUAAUCUCAAACGAAUGUGUCACUAUUUUGGAUAUUGCAAACUACUGCAAACUGUGACUGGACCUUGGUGUAUUUUAUCUUUUCUAAAUGAUACUGGAUUGUUGUGACUCAAACAAUAAUAAGUGCUUUUAACUUAUAUUCGUUAGGAAUCAUACAUGAGAGGAACUUUAAUAUAUGAACUCAACUGCAACUAUUUUUGUGGUCUUUAUAUUCAGGAUCGUGUUAACACACCUGGAUAAUCGAUUUAGCUCUUUGGCUGGAGAAAUAAACAAAUGCGUUAUAUGGUUAUAUGUUAUUUAAUUACAGUGUAUUUUUCUACCAUAUCACCCCUGGGUUACAGAUGUAUGCUUCUUUUUUGACUCACUGCUUUUGCAAAUCUCUUGUUAUAUGCUAUAUAGUUGUUAAAAUAAUUUAUUCGCCUAAUUGCAUCCGCUAAUAUUUGAUAAACAAGUGCACAACUAACUAUAUGUAAUAUUACGGUAUAUCCACCACUAUUGAUGUUUAGACUAUUAUCUGUAUAUUUUCAGCCAAAGAGUUAACUCGUUGGCGGAUAUACGAGAUUGCUGAGCUGUUUAUUUGGUAAAAGUCGCAGCAAAAAAUAAAAGGAUGAAACAUAAUGACUGGUCUGUUGUAGUUGUGUGGUCGGAGUGUUUUUUAGAAUUAUUUGUUUCAUUGUUGUGUUUUAUUCCAGCAGAUCAUUGUUACCUGAUAGGCUGUACCUAUAUAUUACUAUUUUCUACCAUAAAUGCUGUCACCUUUCUUCCUUACUUUACUCGGCCACUGGUUUGUAUCUGUUCCACUACCCUACCUUUAUUACUAUUGUAUACUACAGUAAGAUAGACGAGACAAAUAUCUAAUUUGUAAAUAAACAUAUUUCAAACAUA